AUGGCGGCUGAGUUGGAACUGUCGUAUGGAAAGGCGAUGUCAAAGGGAGUUGCGGUCGUAUAUGAGCCCAUAGAAAAUCUCACCUAUAAACCGCUCAGAAGUGGCUUAAGUUUACAAUAUCUUAUGAUAAGUAGUCAGUUGCAGUUCACACCAAAACGACUAUGGCUAACGGAUGCGGGACGUUUAUAUGAUUCGAUUACGUCACUUCAAACAGCCGUUUUAGUGAUAACGGUUGUGAUUGGCAUCUUAUGUGUCCUUGAAACUAUCGCUAUAAUCUAUCGAAUAUUAAUUGAAGGACGGCAAAGUCAGCGAUACUCUGAGUAUCUCGAAAGAUAUCGGAGGCAAUCGCGAAGGACCAGUAGAAGUGGUCGAAUGAGAUCGACGACUAGCGCAAGUAGAUCCUCACGUUCGGCUGAUCGACGUCACCGUCCAAGCAAGACUAAGAGCCGUGAUGGUGCGAAAAAAUUGAAGAGAAGCAAGCCAAAUGAACCAAGCAAGACGUCCACCGUGAGGAUUUCGUUGGAUCACGAAGAGGAUGAUAGUGUACCGAAGGAAACACCAGCCGAAAAGCGUUAUCGUUCACGAUCGCGAUCCACUUCAGACUCUGGGAAAGAACAGUUACAGAGUGAACCAUACGGGGCACCCGAGCAGGUUAAUGCGGAUAUUCGGGAGUUGGCGCAAGAGAAAGGAGACGGCUGGGAGAGAGUGAAAAAGGAUUCCAGGAAAGGAGAUGUAAAGAUAGAUAUAGAACAGGAUAAAGCAAGGAAGUCAUCGGAUUCAGGUGCUGACAGCGCUCAUGAAACUGGUAUACGCAUAAAAGAUUCAUUAGUGGCCGCUUCAGCUCCACCCAAUUAUGUGGCUGUUUCUGACAAGGAUCUGGAUAGUGCUGCAAAGAAGACACCUGGUUCACCGCAACAACAGUCACCAGCCCAUCUCUUUGGUGAUCAACAUAAUGAUGUAAAACCAGUAGCGAAAGAUUCACUCAAUCAAGUGGGUGAUAAGAACUUUGUACCAGUGGCUGAGUUA